ACCCUGUGCUGUUGUGACAGGACAACCACUGAAACAGAACAAAGCAGUAAAGGGAAUCUAGAAAAAAACAUCAGUUUUUCCAUUAUUUUUUUUUCUCAUACACAUAUUACUUGAGACAUAUUACGUACGGUCAUCGUCAUUGAGUUUGUGUCAGCAUUUAAAUCGAACUGUGAAAAAGCAUCAUAUUUAUCAGUUGGGCUGUUGUUCUGCAAAGACUGUGUUCACCUGGAGCCCUACAAUCCAUUACGUUAUCAAAGCUCCUCGCAAUCGAUCUACUUCAAAGUUUGCCCAGAACAGAAUAUGCAACCUUGAACUCUUCUAGUAGAAACUAUAGACAAAGCAGAUUGGGAAGUUUCGAGCGGGCAUUAUUGCUAGUAAGGAAACGCCAGGAAAUGAAUUACGAUGUUCUACUCAAUCGGACAUCGUUCGGGCGCUUGAACGUGAGCCAACAGAUACGAAGUAUGUCCGAGGGUGAAGGUCAACAGCCAAUGUAUCAUCAGCAGCGUACAAAUGAGACUCCGAGUAGAAAAAUUUCCGACCUUGGCAGAAUGAAUCUGGAAUGCAGCCCCGGAAGUAGUCGUAGCACUCCAACUCGAACUGGCUGCUCCGGGACAGGAAACGGCAGUGACGAGUUGAAAGGAAAGGUUGAAUCUAAGCUUAUGACCAUGUGGAAUAAUGUAAAGUUUGGCUGGACCGGAAAAAUUAAAACGAAUUUUUCCAAGGAACAACCUCUCUGGCUGCUGGGGCGAUGUUAUCAUCAAAAGCCCACUCCAAUACCUUCGAUGGAAAGCUCGCUUGAACUGAGCAGCAAUAUUGAAACGAAUCAACUAGUAUUCGCAAAUGUACAGCAUCCCAUCGUGCAACUGCAGGAACAAACCUCGGAAAUAUAUGUGGAGUCUCCACCGGAAGAAACUGGUACGGAUGCCAUAGAAGACAUAAGCCCCGAAGCAAUUGUGGAAGAAGAAGGUAUCGAAGCAUUCAAAAAAGAUUUCAUUUCACGUCUCUGGAUGACGUACCGAAAAGAAUUUCAAACGAUGGACGAUUCAAACUAUACUUCCGACUGUGGCUGGGGUUGCAUGAUUCGGUCCGGGCAGAUGCUGUUGGCACAAGGUCUUUUGACUCACUUCCUGGGCCGUAACUGGCGAUGGGAUUCGUCGGGUGAAAGUUUGCGGCUGAAUUACAACUCACUCAGCUACGAAGACGGUAUUCACCGCAAGAUUAUCCGUUGGUUCGGGGAUACUUCUUCACGGACCAGUCCUUUUUCGAUACACACGUUGGUGGCGCUCGGUAAAGAAACAGGCAAGAAACCUGGAGACUGGUAUGGUCCCGGUGCGGUUGCCCAUCUCAUCAGACAAGCGGUUAAACUUGGUUCUCAGGAAAUUGUUGAUCUUGAUGGAGUCAACGUUUACGUUGCGCAGGAUUGUGCCGUUUAUAUACAGGACAUAAUUGACGAGUGCACGGUGUCUGCGUCUCCUAGCGUAGCACCGUGGCAGAAAAAGAUGCCAUCGCAUAACAGCCCUAACGCUUCCGCCACAAAUUCUCCAUGCAUCAACAAUGCUAAAACUGCAAAUUGCCCCCUACCAUCGUCGGAAAACACAAGAGACUGGAAGGCUCUGAUUCUGCUGGUGCCUUUACGUCUUGGAACGGAAAAACUAAAUCUGAUCUACAGUGACUGCCUGAAGGCGAUGCUUAGUUUAGAAAAUUGCAUUGGUAUCAUCGGCGGACGACCAAAGCAUUCACUGUACUUUGUAGGUUAUCAGGAGGAUAAGCUUAUCCAUCUGGAUCCGCACUAUUGCCAGGACAUGGUAGACGUACAGCAGGAAAACUUCGCGGUUUCGUCAUUCCACUGCAAGUCGCCUAGAAAAAUGAAACUUAGCAAAAUGGACCCUAGUUGCUGCAUCGGAUUUUACUGUGAAACUAGAAAGGAUUUCUUCAAAUUUGUCGACAACGUUAAACCGUUCCUUCUGCCAGCGAAACAAUCGAUGAGUAGUAGUUUCACUAGCUCAACAGGUUUGCAUCAGUUCAAUGAGAUUACUUAUCCGAUGUUCGUAUUCUGUCGAGGCAAGAGCAGCGAACAGCAGAUCGAUUUGCCCCAGCGACCUCUCUAUCGAUCCCCGCCGGCUCCGCCGCCACUUUCCACCUAUCACGCUUCGCAGUCGCAGCAAUUGCAAGUGCAGGACGACGAUGACGAUGACGACGACGAAUCGAUUGAGUUCGUGAUUGUAUAAUUUCGGCUUUUUUCACCCGUGACGCACAACCACUCGGUUCGGUAAGUGCGCAUCCGCUAGCACCUGCCGGAUACAGAAUUGAUACGCAUUCCGCCAAGAGUCUCCCGUUAGCCCCACAUUUUCAGUUCAAAUAAUAGAGAAAUUCUUCAUCGACUAGCAGAUUUGUUUUAAACAUAAAUCUAAAAAAGCAGGUUUGUAUCGCUGGCUUGUUUUGCUUGGGAUGUCGCGAACUUCAUCCCAGGGUUGAACCUGAUACGAAAAUCAUAGCAUGUACUUAUAAUGAGGGGUAUAGUAAGAUAUUAAGAAUAUUCUUCAUCAUAAUAGCUACAUUUGAAUUAUUUAGAGAGUUAUUGCAAAAAAUGCGCUUCUUUAUAACGCAAACAAGUCCUAUUUGUGCUGUAGAAAGUAAUAUAAUUAUGUAAUUAUUUAUUUAUGGAUAUAGUGUAUGUCAACAAAUUAAUACUUGUUCGUACUAUUGGCAUUCGAUCAACCUCAUAUGACCACCUCGAAAGCUGGCUUCGAGAAUAAAGCGCUUAUCGAAUCAUUCGGAUUUUUUUAUGAUUAGUUCAAAAUUUUGUUUACACGACAAGAAUAAUACUUCCGAUUAGAAAAAGCUUUGUUAUCCUAUGUUUUGUUUCAAUAACGGUACCGAAGUUCUGUAUGUUGUGCGUGUUUAAAGUGAGCGGUGAUUUGAAGCUCGAAUAUUUCUUUGCUAUUUUUUUCAAACUCUUAUAUCCAAUUUUUAAUUGUUAUCUGCGCGAUACUCAAUUUUGCACACAUGUGGUUUUAAAAUGCUUGAUUAGCGAUUUAUUUUCUUUGCUCAGCAAUAUUCCUUCAAUUGACCUAUAGUUUAAGAGCAAUCGUCUUGUCGAAUGGAGAAGGGACAUUCAUUAUUUAAUUAUUAACAUCCAGUGUUCCUUCCCUGCAAACAUAUAUCUGUUUAAACAUAGAAGAAGCUACAAUAAUUACGCGAUGCGUCAGAUUCAUCAUACCUUAUAACGAUUAUCUGUAACAGAUCCCAUACACCUGUAAAUUGUGAUUGUAAUAAUACUAAUUGAAAAAUACAACCUA